GCGGCUUAUCACGAGGGCAGCCGGUCACCAGCUUCUUUGGCACUCCUGACCUUGACCGCGUCAACCGACCUGCUUCAUUUCCAAAAGUCAAUAGCUCCACCCUGUCUGCUAUUACAUGAUUAUUUCUCGUACUUGCUUUCUUGAAAUUGGUCAGGCAUCAGGUCUUGCUUGGUAGGCUUUCUCUUAUCGGUGCCAGAGGACCGAUUGCCCGAUUACGUUCCGCCAUUUGACCUCCAAAACACCCUCGCGUACCUAGAGUAUACCAGAGCUGUCUCAUAUUCGGCAAAACUCUGGAGCUAUCUCUGGACCCGGCUUGAUGGCCGCUUCCAGCUACUGAUGUGUCUACAGUCCAUGCAUCAAGUCGAGAGCUCUAGCCCAAGAUGAUGACAUCAAAUAUCUUGUCCCGUUUCCUUCCUCCGCAUGGAUCGCCGUCAGUGUAUGAGACCAUCCGACAGCACGAUUCUCAUUCAGACACCUCGGAUAUUGAGGAGCGUGCAGGGUUAGCCCUGGAGGAUGACCAUCUGGGUCAUUUCAGUGAUGGCGAACUGGAGGAAGCCCUAGCACAUGCCGAGAGGGAUGAAUCCCCAGGCCCGAGCGAUCCCUUUUUGACCCCCCCGGUUCCUCAAAGCGCGAAAGCCGCCGGGAAGGCAUCCAUGAAGAGUGUAUCGCGAACCCGGAGAUCCAGUCGCUUACGGCGACCGCAGGCACUAUCGCCCCAACAUAAACUCGAGGACAGUGAUGAUGAGGUUCCGGCUUCUCUCCUCGUGGAAGGGGACCAGGAGGAUGAAGACGAUCUCAAAUCAAAACUUCCUCCUCCCCCACCCUCUCAUAAUCUCCGCGAUCAUGGUCCUCACGCUCGACCAUCCUCACAUAGGGACCAAGCGCGGUGGGAGACAGCCCGGGGACAAUUACCAGUGCAUAGUGCUCCUGGGAAACGCCACCAUGGAGCUUUGUGGUCAGCUGGAUACCCAGAUCUGGCCACAGUAGAUCCCAAAGUGAAAGCAAUGUGGAUGUGGGCGAAUGUGGAGAAUCUAGACAAUUUUCUGAAGGAAGUCUACACGUACUAUCUCGGAAAUGGGAUUUGGUCGAUUUUACUGAACCGAGCGUUAAGCCUCCUGACAUUCGCAUUUGUUGUAGGUUUCAGCAUCUUUCUGACGAAUUGCAUCGACUAUCGCAGUGUACGCGGUAGCAGAACGUUAGAUGACAUUUAUAUCCAGCAAUGCACCAAAAAGAUGUCGUUCUCUUCUACUUUCCUGCUGUGGUUACUCUCGCUGUUCUGGAUCGGCAAGUCCUUUCAGUAUAUCCUUGAUAUCCGAAGACUCAAGCAUAUGCAUGAAUUCUACCAUUAUUUGCUCGGCAUUUCCGAUCCCGAGAUUCAAACGAUAUCCUGGCAGGAAGUGGUCAGCCGCCUGAUGACCUUACGAGACUCUAACCCAGCGACGGCCGGCGCUGUUUCUGCCAAAAACCGCAAAUUCAUGGGGAGCCAAUCCAAGCAACGAAUGGAUGCUCAUGAUAUCGCGAACCGACUGAUGCGGAAAGAAAACUACUUAAUAGCUCUGGUCAAUAAGGAUAUACUUGACCUCACACUUCCAGUCCCGUUCUUGCGGAACCGGCAACUAUUCUCACGGACGUUAGAAUGGAACAUCAAUCUGUGCGUGAUGGACUAUGUUUUCAACGAGCAGGGCCAAGUUCGAACAUUGUUUCUAAAAGAUACCCACCGACGAGCGUUGAGUGACGGCCUGCGCCGCCGAUUUAUCUUUGCCGGCAUCAUGAACAUCUUCGCAGCUCCUUUCAUUGUUGUCUACUUCAUGACUCAUUAUUUCUUUCGCUACUUUAAUGAGUACAAAAAGAAUCCGUCCCAGAUUGGGUCGCGUCAAUAUACCCCGUUGGCGGAAUGGAAGUUCCGGGAGUUCAACGAGCUCUGGCACCUUUUCGAGCGUCGCACGAAUAUGUCCUACCCAUUCGCCAGCCGCUAUGUGGAUCAGUUCCCCAAGGAUAAGACCGUCCAGGUUGCUGGAUUUGUUGCCUUCGUCUCUGGUGCGCUGGCAUCUGUGCUGGCUCUAGCGUCCGUCGUGGACCCGGAGCUGUUCUUGGGGUUUGAGAUCACUCCCGAUCGCACUGUCCUGUUCUACCUGGGUGUUUUUGGAUCUGUUUGGGCGGUCGCCCAGGGUAUGGUGCCCGAGGAGACGAACGUGUUUGAUCCCGAGUACGCGCUACUAGAGGUGAUCAACUUCACCCACUACUUUCCGGGCCAUUGGAAAGGACGAUUGCAUAGCGACGAUGUUCGGAAGGAUUUCGCCACCUUAUAUCAGAUGAAGAUUGUGAUCUUUUUGGAGGAAAUCAUGAGCAUGAUCUUCACGCCUUUCAUCCUGUGGUUCAGUCUGCCCAAAUGUAGCGACCGUCUUAUCGAUUUCUUUCGGGAGUUUACCGUUCAUGUCGAUGGCAUGGGUUACCUGUGCUCCUUUGCUGUGUUCGAUUUUAAGAAGGGCACCAACGUCAUCUCCCAAGCGGACCCUGGUCGACGAGAUCCCGCACGGCAGGACCUGCGGGCCGAUUACUUUUCCACCAAGGACGGCAAGAUGUUGGCUUCUUACUAUGGGUUCUUGGAUAAUUAUGGGGCAAAUCCACGUCCAUCCAACAAGCGACAGUUUCAUCCGCCGCCCACGUUUCCAACCCUCGGGUCACCCUCGGCUAUCGAGAUGGGCACUUAUGGUGAGCGACUGGAUGGAACGCUGGCAAGGCCUGGUUUGGCUGGCGGGAUGAUGGGCCAACAGUCUGCUUUUGGCGCUCCUCGGUUCGGCCCUCCGGGCUUAGGCGAUCACACGUCCCCCGCCCCGUCGAUGCUCCUCGAUCCGCAUCACCAACCGUCUGCGUCCGGGUUCCGCACCACUCAUCGUGCAUCAGCGUACUCUCGCUACCGUCCAUCCCGACCGUCGCGUACCAUUUCUGACCCGAUCGCUGAUGAGGAUGGGCCAUCUACGCAGGCUCGUGGUGUUGGAGUCAGAGCUUCACCGCAUGUAGCUUCGGGGUCGAGCGGGGCAGGCAUCGGAACGAGCGACAGCAAUUUGGGCGAAUCGUGGCGCAUGAAUUUGGUAGACGAGAGGGACGAGGAUGGUGAGGAGAGAGAAGGCGGAGAGAAUGUGGAUGCGCUUGCUGGGGGCGCUGGGGUUUUGGGGCUGAUUCAACGCUUCCAACAAGUGAGCAAGGACAAUCGGGGGCGCACGACUGUUGGGUUAUAGGAUCCCUCUUCUGCAGACAGUGUCAGUCCGUCAGGAUGUGAAUAUGAACGAAUUCCGGAGACUUCCGGCUCUGUGAGCCUCCCGGGUCACCUCCCAGAUAGAUAGUCAUG